AUGGCUGUGUCAUCUGCCAGGACUCUCCUGUUGUUUGGGCCUGGUGCCAUGACACUGGAUGAACUCUACUUCGGACGCAUCCUGGCAUUCAUCAAAGACGAUCCUGCAAGCCAUUGGGCUGUCAACGCGAUCGAAGAUAUCGAAAGUGGCUGGAAUAUUCUCUCCGAAUCAAUUCCUAAGUUGAAACAAACCGCUGGCGACACCCAUGCUCGCAGACUCGUGGACUGGCUUCAGACUGGUUCGAUCAGCUCGCAAUCCACGGUAUCCGGGCUUCCCAAUGCCAUCCUCGGCCCUCUUGUCAUCAUUGCACAACUCUUGGAAUAUCUACAGCAUGCAAAGUUCUCAUCCCAAUCGACACCUUCUGGAUCCGGACAAGCAUUCCACGCGCCUCCUCGUGCGCAGACAGAAACCGUCGGGUGCUGCCUGGGCAUAUUCAGCGCCCUCGUAGUAUCUUCCAGCUCCUCUUGGGCUCAGUUUCGUCACAAUGCCGCGGCAGUACUCCGCACAGUCUUUGUAUUAGGAGCUCUCUCCGAUGCGCAAGACUUGUCCGAUCCUACCGGACCAUCAAUUUCAUUGAUUGCCUUUUGGAGAGGAGGCCAGUCGCUGGCAGACCUACAGAAAGUGCUGGACAAGUUCCCCGACGCUUAUAUCUCGGUCCUUUACGAUGACAACCGAGCAACCGUGACAACCUCCGCUCGUACUGCUUCGGCACUGAAAAGUCAUCUUCAAACUACCGGUAUCACUGCAAAUGAAACCGAGUUCCAUGGACGCUUCCAUGCAGGUGAGCUAUACGAAAAGGACCUUGAAGCCUUUUUCGCGUUCUGCAGGAAGAAACCCCUCUUUCAGCUACCCGAUGCUUCUUGUCUCAUCUUGCCUACCCGUGUGAACUCGGCAAGCGUCAUGACUGGCACAGAAAGCAUGCUGGAAUCAGCCUCGCGUGCCUUCCUUGUGGAACAGUUUAACUGGAUUAAAAGUUUUCGCGCAGCUGUCUCCGGGUCUUUGCAGGACAGAAACUCAAGAGUCGUUGAAUUUGGCCCUGAGCGAUGCAUACCUCCAACUCUUCUUCGAAGGCUGAACAGCCAAGUUACACACUUCGACUUCGAGGGUGCCACCCAAAGUGCGGCAACUCCGAGUCUGCCGCCCGGUGUCGCAGAAAAUGACAUCGCUGUUAUUGGCAUGUCCUGUCAUGUUGCGGGUGCUCAAGAUCUCGAACAAUACUGGAAGAUUUUGCUCGAAGGGAAAUCGCAACACAAGGACCUCAUUCCCAACGACCGAUUCGCCAUGAAAACCAUCUUUCGUCCUGAUGAUGAUGAGCAGAGGAAGUGGUAUGGGAAUUUCAUUGACGAUUACGAUGCGUUUGACUACAAGUUUUUCAAGAAGUCACCUCGUGAGGCGCUUCAUAUGGACCCCCAGCAAAGGCUCAUCCUUCAAACUGCUUAUCAAGCUGUCGCCCAGUCUGGCUACUAUCACCGACCCGGUGCAGACCGUCGGAUUGGCUGCUAUAUCGGUUGUGUCGCCAACGAUUACGAAAACAAUAUUUCCCAUACCAACCCUACUGCCUUCUCAGCGACUGGUGCUCUACGAAGCUAUAUUUCUGGGAAGGUCAGUCACUACUUUGGUUGGACUGGCCCAGGAAUGAUGAUCGACACAGCUUGUUCGGCGUCAACUGUCGCUAUUGACUUGGCAUGUCGCGCCAUUCUCAGCGGCGACUGCUCAGCAGCACUGGCUGGAGGAACCAAUUUCUAUAGCACCCCGAUGUUCUUCCAAAACCUGGCAGCCGGGACCUUCCUUAGUGCUACAGGGCAGUGCAAGCCAUUUGACGCAAAGGCCGAUGGAUACUGUCGGGGUGAAGCCAUCGGCGCUGUUUUCCUCAAGAAAUUGACACAUGCUAUCGCUGAUGGCGACCAAGUUCUGGGGGUUAUCUCGGCAACCGCUAUCAACCAGAACCACAACAACACGCCAAUCUUCGUUCCAAAUCCAUCGUCGCUGACAAAUGUGUUCCAAACCGUUGUCAACAAAGCAGGGUUGAGAAUCCAAGACGUCUCGGUAAUCGAGGCACAUGGAACAGGGACUCCCGUGGGUGACCCAGCUGAAUAUGACAGCAUCCGCCAAAUAUUUGGUGGUGUUGCUCGUGCAGGACUUCGACCUUUGCAGAUCGGCUCCGUCAAAGGCCUCAUUGGUCACACCGAGGGUGCUUCUGGAGUUGUGGCUCUUAUUAAAAUGCUGUUGAUGAUGCAGGAAGGUCGCAUCCCUCCACAGGCCAGCUUCACCACCAUCAGUCCUUCAGUUAAUGCGUCGCCAGCUGACAACAUGAGCAUCACAACCUCAGCUACUUCUUGGGAUGACAAUGUAAAGGUGGCGCUGAUCAACAAUUACGGUGCUGCCGGAUCCAAUGCCUCGAUGGUCAUAAAGCAGGCGCCUAAACUUAGCUCGGGCCCUCAAGAGGAUUCGUUGCAGAUUCAAACUCUGACCUCAUCGACUUCCACCUUUAGAUGUCCGAUCUAUCUGUCCGGCCUCGAUGAUAAAGCUGUUCGAGCUUAUGCUGAAAAACUGCGCCAAUUCAUGAAAACCAAAGCAAUUUCUGGCGAUCGUCGUGGUAUUGAAAAUCUGGCUUUCAACAUUAAUCGGCAAUCAAAUUGGUCCCUGGGGCGCAGUCUCAUUUUCAGUGCGGAUUCCAUUGAUCAAUUCGACCAAAAGCUGCUCUCCACGGAGACGGCUGAGACACCCGCUGUACGGCCGGUCAUCCUUUGCUUUGGAGGACAGGUCUCCAAAUUUGUUGGACUUGAUCGUGGCUUGUUUGAGAAAUCCACAAUUCUGCGUUUGCAUCUGGACCGUUGCGACAGCGUUUGCAAGGCGAUAGGUGCAAGUAGUAUCUACCCUGGUAUCUUCGAGCGCGAGGCUAUUCAGGAUCCCUCCGUGCUACAGCCACUGCUGUUCUCGAUGCAAUAUUCAUCUGCCAUGAGUUGGAUUGACAGCGGAACUCAGCCUGCUGCAGUACUGGGUCACUCAUUUGGUGAGCUCACUGCGCUGUGCGUUUCGGGUGUACUCAGCCUGGAAGACGCUUUGAGAAUGGUUCACGGCAGGUCGAUUAUCAUCCGUGAUGCAUGGGGCCCUGACAAGGGAUCUAUGAUGGCUAUGGAGGCUGAUCCGAAAGAGGUAGAUGCCCUACUUGCGUCUUCAAAGAUACACCUCACUGGAGAUGAGGCUGCGACUAUCGCCUGUUUCAACGGCCCGAGAAGCUUCACCCUUGCCGGGUCAACCGCUGCUAUUGAUGCUGUACAGAAGACAAUCACGAGCGACGGGGCAAGCAUUAAGCACAAGAGGUUGGAUGUGACCAAUGCUUUCCAUUCCACACUUGUCGAGAAGUUGAAGCCGGGCCUGGAGGCACUGGGCCGCAAACUUAGUUUCGGGCAACCCAAGAUCCCACUGGAACUGGCUGAGUCUGAGCGACAGGAUCGCCGGCUCUCGGGCUCGUAUGUUGCUGAGCAUAUGAGACAGCCUGUCUUUUUUAACCACGCGGUCCAGAGACUCGCUAGUCAGCACCCGGAAGCCGUCUGGCUCGAGGCCGGUUCGAACUCUACCAUAACAACAAUGGCAAGCAAAGCCCUGGGCUCCCCCAAAGCCUCAGUAUUCCAAUCAGUGAAUUUGACUGGCACAACUCAGGGCUUACAACACCUCUCUGAUGUCACUAUGAAUCUAUGGCAUGCUGGAGUGCGCGUUUCCUUCUGGCCACACUCGUAUGCGCAAACGUAUGACUAUGCGCCCAUCAUUCUUCCUCCAUAUCAAUUUGAGAAGCAGCGGCACUGGCUUGAGUUCAAGGUUCCUCCAAAGCCUGUCAUAAUUCAAGCGUCGCAAUCUGAGAGGCUCAGUGCUGACAACAAUACUCCCCCGAUGGGUCUUUACACCUUCUUUGGGUACGGGGACAAGAGCAAGCAGCAAUGUCGAUUCCGCAUCAAUACUGGCGUCGAACAGUACGUCAAUUUUGUCUCCGGGUAUACCAUGGCCCAAGCUGGCCAAGCUUGCCCAACCACAUUUGCAAUCGACAUUGCCACGCAGGCCAUAUCGAGCAUCCAUCCGGAGCUUACCGCCAAAGCCAGGAGCUUGCGACCUGAGAUUUUGAACAUUUCCAACUAUACUCCUAUCGUUGCAGAUCCGUCCAAGGUUUUAUUCCUUGACUUCGAACGCCUCGGCGGCGAUCUUGAAGGAUGGAACUUCAAAUUCACCAGCUUGAUCAAAGGCAGUGAGGUGGCUAUUCAUAUUGUCGGACAAAUAUAUUUCCAGCCCACUGAUGGCAACUCAACCCUGGAAUUCAAUCGAUUGGAACGUCUCGUGACACAUGAUCGUUGUCUACGGGCCCUUGAAUGCAAUGACGAUGCGGAUGAAGUCAUCCAGGGCCGCAGCAUCUACAAAAUCUUCUCUAAUGUCAUCGAGUAUGGCGAGAAGUUCCGGGGUCUUCAGAAGCUAGUCGGACGAUCUUAUGAGUCUGCAGGUAAAGUCAUUCGUCGCCGAUCUGAUACCUCUACGCCGGACUUUGCCUUGAGUGAGACCUUUGCCCAAGUUGGUAACAUUUGGGCAAAUUUCAUGUCUCCCAAUCGACGCGACGUUCAUGACACUGUUUACGUUGCCAGCGGAAUCGAGCAGUGGAUGAAAUCUCCAAGCAUUCUCCAGGAGCUCUCCAACAGCCCACGAAACGAUCAGACAAGCGAAUGGCAUGUGCUCGCCCAACAUAAGCAGAUCGAUGGCGAUGCGUUUAUUUCGGAUAUAUUUGUCUUUGAUUCUGCAACUGGUUCCCUCGAGGAAAUCUUCUUGGGAAUAAGAUACACACCAGAGUCCAGAAAUACAAUAAGCCUGUCUUCUUUCGCUCCAGAUUUCCCAAUUGGAAUUAAUCGCCCAUUGCAUAUCGCGCAAAAUACGAACAUUGAGAACCUGGCAUCUGUUCACAAUGAAAUCGUAGGCCCUUUCACUCAAUCUAAAACAGAGCCAUCCACACGUGUCGACGCACCGAAAAGAAACGUCAAGGGAGAUCUGUGGAUGAAGCUUCUCCCUGUUCUCGCUGAUAUUUCCGGACUCGAAGAGGACGAAAUCAGUCAGACCGACUCGCUUGCUGACAUUGGAAUCGACUCUCUGAUGGGAAUGGAGAUGGCCCGCGAAGUUGAGAAGACCUUCCAAUGCACCUUGGAACAGUCGGAACUCAUGAGUAUCUUCGAUGUUCCGGGAAUUCUCAGCUUCCUUCAAUCUACUCUGGGUCUUGAUAAUGCAGAUGAUGUUUCGGAGACAUCUGACUCUGCUCUGCGAAAGUCUCCCGCGUCUAGCAACGAAGCAAUGCCGUCUACCCCCAAUUCAAUGGAUGACUUCGUCGAUCUCGCUAUGGAGCCGGCUUAUCUGGACAAGGGCCUACAGCUGCCAUCAUCAACCAUUUUGGAGGCUUUCCGAGAAACGAAGGGGAAGACCGACGAUUACUUGAAAGAUUGGAAGUGCGCUGGCUAUCUCGGUGGCGUUUCUCAAAAGCAAACCAGAUUAUGCUUGGUGCUUACGAGCAAGGCGUUCAAGCAGCUUGGCUGUGACCUGGAAGCAGCAAAACCUGGCGACGUGCUUCACCCUGUUCCGUUUGUCUCUCGUCACCAUCGAUUCCACGAGUACCUCUACAAGAUGUUGGAAGAGGCACGAAUCAUCGAUCAGAAUGAAGGCAUUAUAACGCGGACGGCCAUACCGCUUCCUACGCUGACAGCCGAAGCAAUCCUGGAUGAUUUGAUGCGUUAUCAUCCAGAAGACGGAUCAUCCCAUCAACUGACAUACAAUGUUGGUUCGCACAUGGCGGAUGUCCUUUCAGGCAAGGCCGACGGUGCGCAGUUGAUUUUUGGAGAUUCGAAGAAUCGCGAGCUCGUCGCCGCCUUUUACGGAGAAUUGCCAUUCAACAGGCUGUACUUCCAGAUGAUGGCUGAAUUCCUUUCGCAACUCUCCUCGAAAUUGCGACUCUCCGCCAAUAGCCAGGAGCCCCUCAAGGUCCUGGAGAUGGGCGCUGGAACUGGUGGAACUACAAAGGUGCUUGUUCCGGCCCUAGCAAAGCUGGGAAUCCCUAUAGAAUACACCUUUACCGAUCUUUCGCCAUCCCUCGUUGCUCAGGCCAAGAAGAAGUUUAAGCAAUACCCGUUCAUGAAGUUUGCUGUCCAUGACAUCGAGCAACCUCCUUCCGACCCACAACUGACAGGGUCACAACACAUUGUUAUCGCCAGCAACGCUGUGCAUGCCACCCAUUCGCUACAAGUAUCAGCACAGAGCAUUCGCAAGUUCCUUCGUCCCGACGGAUUCCUCAUGUUGCUCGAGAUGAACAGCACACUCCAUUGGGUAGAUGUCGUCUGGGGCACUCUAGAGGGCUGGUGGCUGUUUGAUGACGGUCGGACACAUGCCGUGGUCGAUGAACAGCGAUGGCAGAGAGACCUCCUCAGUGCCGGAUACAAGCAUGUUGAAUGGACUGACGGCAAAUUGCCUGAGGUCCGUGUACAAAGGGUGCUGCUGGCGCUAGCUGGCGAUAUCGAGAAGGACAUCGAUCGUUUGGCUCCAGCCCUGAAGAAUUUACCGGGUCGUCAUGAUGACCACGAUACGCUCUCGAGUGAGGAACUGAGGGCUAAGAAGCAGACCGCAGACGAUUAUGUGCAACGCACGGUGGCAGGCUUUUCUAUACCAGAUUACUCCGGGCAACCAGAGUCUAGCGGCUCUGCCAACUGCGUUCUGGUCACAGGAGCAACCGGCAGUCUGGGAAGCCAUAUCAUCUCACAUCUUGCUGGUCUUGAUUCAAUCGACACCGUUUACUGCCUCAACCGGCCUAGCCUGGGUAAAGGAAGGUUCAAGGACUCCGCUGACCGUAAUCCUUUACGCCGACAGCUGCAGUCUCUCGAGUCUAAGUCUAUUGUUCUGGAUCCUGCAACGCUAGCCAAAAUCAAGGUCAUCGAAACGGACUCGUCGAAGCCACAGCUUGGUCUUGAGCGAGAUCAAUACGAUGAGCUGCUCUCCCACGUCACGCACAUUAUUCACAAUGCUUUUCCUGUGAACGGUAUGCUUUCUCUUAAGCAAAAUGAGCCCCAGUUCGCCAUAAUGCGCAACCUUGUCGAUCUGGCAGCUGGUGCCUCAGCCCGUCGCAAGAGUACGGACUUCAAAUUCACGUUCCAGUUCAUUUCGUCUCUCUCCGCGGUCGGAAAGUAUCCAUCUACCCACCCUGGUCAGACUCAAGUACCCGAGAGACAGCUAGAUAUCGACAGCGCUCUUCCAAACGGAUAUGGUGGAGCUAAAGUUAUCUGUGAGCGGAUCCUGCUCGAGACACUGGGAAAGAAUCCUGACCGGUUCCGCGCCAUGACCGUGAGAUUGGGCCAGCUGUCUGGAUCUAUGAAAACAGGCUACUGGAACCACAUGGAAGUUCUUGGGUUCCUGUUCAAGUCAGCCCAAACCCUGCGAAGCCUUCCUGAUGUGGACGGCGUCUUGUCCUGGCUGCCUCUUGAACAAGCCUGUGCAACUCUUGCCGAUCUACUCCUGCGUGAUGCACCAGACUGCCAUCCCAUCUACCACAUCGACAAUCCUGUCCUCAGGCAAUGGGCGGACCUGAUUCCUGUUCUGGCUGAUGCUCUUGAUGUUCCUCAGAAAAAUGUGGUCGCCAUCGAUGAGUGGCUCAGGCGUGUGCAGGCUUACCCUGGGGAAAACCCAUGGGACAAUCCCGCAGAGAAAGCGAUCGAGUUCUUCCAGCACAAGUUCGAGCACAUGUCGUGCGGUGGAGUGACUAUGUCUACCGACAAUACUUUGGAACACUCGGCGACAUUGAGAGCUGUUCAGCCGAUUCAUGAUGAAGUGGUGAAGAAGUACUUCCAAGUCUGGAAGGAAAGUGGAUUUUUGCGAUGA